UUUUUUUUUUGGUUAAAUGUUUCAGCAAGGCCUAGAUCCAGCCUUUACUGUGCUCUCUGAGCCACAUAUAAGAAGCAUCUCAGUAGCUCAGCAGCUCAUUGUGUUUCCCCGUUCUGCAGAGGAUGCCUCAGAGCAUGGGUCACAUCUCUAACUGCUGGUGGCCAAAAAUCCCUACGAGUGCCUGGGAUGGCGCAAACCUCCAUUCUCAGGACCGGCGUAGCUCUGGGCAUGCAGUCUGCAAGCCUGAGCCCAGGUGAUAUUCAAGUGCAAAAGCAUGAACAGAAGGAGUCAGAUCUUUUCUGCUCCCUUCCCUUUACAGCUACCUCAGAAUUUGGCCAUCCAACCCAGCACCCCACGGUGCUGCGACAAGAGUCAUGGGGGACAGCAGGGCAAAGAAGAUGAUACACAAUUUUGCAGCUUAGUGAUAAGGGCAUUCAACAGGGUUGUGGGAAAUGAGAGCCUACGCCUUCAGAGACUGUGAAAAAAAUUAAUUCCAGGUCUCUCCACUUUGGGGCAAAAAAUCCAGGCCCUUAGUGCUACGCAGGAGUUGGGCACUUCCUUCCCCGGUUGUAUCCUUGGAGCUAAAGGGUUGAGCCUGCCAGGCUUUCCCCGGACAUGAGCACUGGAUAAGGCACGUGGGGCAGAGGGUCUUAGGCCAUAGGAAGCCACACGCUCACCCCUCUGCCCAUCCUGCAGACUGGGAUUGUUAAACAUCUUUCAGCUAACUGAAUCUGGCCAAAACGCAGGACUUGGAGAGUUACUCUGCCAGUGUUUCACUCUCGGCAGAGAACGGGUGGCCACGGGGCCAGAUUCGUUAACAGGCACGUUGACAUUUAAGUAUCCUUUAGAAUAUGAGCCAUGGGAUUUUAAUGCAGUUUGAAAUUGAAUUGCCACUGUAGGCCUAAUAUAGGUAAAAUAUGAGGAAAGAGCACGCUGCUCACUUGGAAAAAAAAAGGAAGAGCUUCAUUUCGAAGACGUCCUUAGUAGUGGUUCAAUUGCGGACUUCUUGUAUGAGAGAGCGUUUAAGCUGUUCAGAAGACUGCUUUUCUGGCAAAGCAGCUACAUUUUAACAGCUUGCGAAACGAGAAUGCCAUGGAAGGAUAAUAUUUUACUGCUACCUUAAGCUACUGUUUACAGUAAUGAGACAGUGAUUAAGAAUCUCUUUCUUUGCUGGCAAGUCUUACACAAAGAAGUAUCCUUUCCUCGGAUGUGCGCUAGGUACCUGUGUUUCGAUUUCACACUGUAGAUCUACCUGCUUUGGAGCUUCUUGCUUUCUACUGGAGAAGAUUCCCUCUUUUUCUCUGAGAUCUUCAUUCACUUGCCUAAGCAAAUCUCUCUCCUGAAAAUAAGAUCUGACAGCCCGUUUGCCAGAGCCAGCCCUAAAAUCCCCACUGCCAAGACUCCCAACAGUUUACAUAUUUCUUUCCUCACUGGAUAUUCUUAUUUAUAAUUCAACCCUCCAGGAGCACAUGAUUUUACUAAAUGGAUCAUUCUUUAUAAAGCAAAGAAAUAUGUAAUAGGAGAACAGCAUGUGGGUUUUUUUCCCUGUUUCCAGGUAUUUGGGGGGAUUUAAGGCAGAGUCUUCUGCAGCAGGCAGAAUCCCUCUUCCCCCCCAAAACCCAUUUUCAAAACUCUAAUUUUCUCUCCAAAAUGGCCGGUGGGAAGCCCUUCCUUGUACAGGCAUUCCGACUUUUCCCCUUCUCCCAUGUUCAGGUGGAUCUUUCCAGUCUACCUCGAUCCCAAGGGACUGCAGUCCUCUGUCAGAUAGUUCACACAGUCUGAACCUGAAAGGUGUUUGGGGGGGGGGGGGGGGGGAACGGGGGAUUGCUUGUUUGUUUUUAGCAUGUAGCCAGUUCUUCUUUCAAGGAUACUUCCAUUUUACUGGACAAUUAACAUCUAAACCGAACAUAUAUUCAGCCCUUAUGCCUGCAUCCAAGUAUCUGGAUGUGUCAGCUCACUUUGGACUCUGCUAAAAAAACAGAUCCUCAUAAAUUCAAUUCAGAAAGCAAAAUGGUGUUUAUAGGUUUAUGAUAGCCUUAUAGAGGUGUAUUAAUUCUGUCUGAGACCAUGAGUAUAUAAAUAUAGCGCCCCUCCAAGCAGCUGUCACAAGCACUAUUAUUUUGAUUAAGAAACACUGAGCAUCUGCAUAGGCUGAAAAGAGAAAAAGAUACUGGAUUUGGGGGGUUUCCUUUAUAGCAGUAACCCUUCAGACCUGCUAAAGACGAUAAGCAAUCUAACUAAUACUAUCAACAUCAGAUACCAGCUCUGUGAGGGUAUUUCUCUUUAUGCAGCUUGCGUAGUCCCAUGGCUGUAUAUUCUGUUCCCAAGAAAGAGGCAUGUGCCAAAGUACAUACAGGAGCAGGGCCUAUGACCUUUCAGUAACGCUGUGCUGUUUAUUACACAUAUUCCUAUUCCUUUAGAUGCUCACCACGCUUUUUUCUCUCUGGAAUAACGUAGUGUUUGUUUUGUUAUCCCCAUUCCCUUCUUUCCCUGCUCCAGGCCAGGAAAGUGCUAGGAGCUCGGGCUCGUAGGUUGGCAGGAAAUUUAAAACGGCAGCAAGCUGCUUGCUUGGACCACUCCCAGACAUUUUUUUUUCCCAUUGAUGCAGGAGACUAUUUAAUUGGGGGCUGACUGGCCAAACUUAACCGUUGAAGCUCACCAGUAGCUGCACAACCACUGACAGUGAUUUUUUCCCUCCCUUUCUCCUUCUCUGGACAAACUCCCCGUGAUGAAGACGCUGCUGAGGCUGAUUGCUCUGCUCUCUGCUGUCCUGAUUGUCAGCUCAGCCCCUCCGACCUGCUACUCGAGGAUGCUGUCUCUGAGCAAAGAAAUCACGGAGUCCUUUAGGGAUUUACAGAUCUCCAAAGCUGUGGACCCAUGUGUGGAGACACUGCCCAGGCUGUAUUUGGACAUACACAAUUACUGUGUGUUGGCAAAGCUCCGUGAUUUUGUGGCAUACCCUAGAUGUGAGAGAGUGCUUCAAGUGAGUGCUCUGAAGGAAAAAGCCCGGAGCCUGUACACCAUUAUGAUCUUCUACUGCAGAAGGGACCUGGUGUUCCUUACUGAUGACUGUAACGCUUUGGAAAAUCCUUUUUUGUUUCCUGCUGUGCCCUCCACCAUUCAGAGCUAAAAUGGAGUCCAACCAAAAGUUUUACCUGGGAAAUUUUAAAGGAGACCAAAAUCCAAAACAUAUCUAUGCAGUCAGCUACAACAUUAACAGCUAAGAUCCUUUUCAGGCACACUAGCAAUAUUAUCUCAGACCUACCCGUUUUUCUCAGCCUUGGCAGGAAAUGAACUGCAUGCCUUACAUACCUACUGAGCUGCUAGUGAAACUAUGGUUAGAGAGCAUUUUUUCAUUUGGCAAGGUACGAUGUUUCAGCUUAGCCAAAUGUAUAAAGUAUGUUUUGUUUAAACAUUAGAUACUAGAUUUUUUUACUCUUUUAUGAAUAACUAGCCUCAUAUAAAGGAAAAUAUAUUAUGAUCCAAUAUUGUAUCCUGACUUAGCAGUUCCUCUUUCACUAGGUGGGCAUGAAGAAACCAUGCUUGUUUUUCAUGAAGUGUUUGACAGGAGAAGUUAUACUCUGUACUGGCAGAUGUCUGUCUACUUGAAUAGCUCAUAUAUGUAUGGUGGUAGUUUUUGAUGUCAGACUUACAAGAAUAGAGGUGAAAGUUAUCUUUCUUGAUGGAAAACCAAAUAAAACCGCCUUCUAACCCAA